AUGUUAAUGUUGCGCAACCUAUACCUAGCUUCAAACAAUUUCAUACAAAAAAGAAAUUUCUGGGCAUGGCUCAAUAUAGUAUUCAAUUAUGUAGAUGAAUCACGUAUUAAAGAAGUUGGUCCAGACAUCGCUUGUGCUGAAUGGUUGUUGCGAAAUGGAGCAUAUGUCAAAUGGGUAGGGUCGAAAACAGAACUGCAGGAUUACAAUCAAGUUCCGAAAUGCCCAAAAGGAAAAUAUAUUCAAGAAAUUAAUGCCACAGAAUCUAGCAUAAUGAGUUAUGGAUUUGAUCAUUUCAUCGGUUGCAAACAUAUUGAGGCAAUUCGUUUUCAUAAAAGUACUCUCAUUGAUGAUAAAGCAAUGGCGAAGUUGGAAAUCUUAAAAAAUACUCUUACUAAAUUAGAGAUUAUAAGUUGUGGCAAUGUAACUGAUAAAGGACUUUUGGAAUUGAUUAAACUGAAGAAUUUGAAGUAUUUGAAAAUAGAGAAUUUACCAUAUAUCAAGAGUCCAGAAGAAACAAUUAAUUGCAUGAAGCGUGAGCUAUGUAAUUGCAAUAUAUGUUAUUCAUAA